AAGAGAGAUUUUCAACCAUGCCUGAGCCAGCGAAGUCCGCACCUAAGAAGGGAUCCAAGAAAGCCGUGACCAAGACGGCAGGAAAAGGAGGAAAGAAGCGUAGAAAGACCAGGAAGGAGAGCUAUGCCAUCUACGUGUACAAGGUCCUGAAGCAGGUCCACCCCGACACCGGUAUCUCCUCCAAGGCGAUGGGCAUCAUGAACUCGUUCGUGAAUGACAUCUUCGAGCGCAUCGCUGGAGAGGCUUCUCGCUUGGCUCACUACAACAAGAGGUCCACCAUCACCUCCAGGGAGAUCCAGACCGCAGUGCGUCUGCUUCUGCCCGGUGAGCUGGCCAAGCACGCCGUGUCCGAGGGAACCAAGGCCGUUACUAAGUACACCAGCUCCAAGUAAUUGCUUAAUUAAUUGACUUAAAAACAAAGGCUCUUUUAAGAGCCGCCCAUCUGCUCUAUUGAAAGCUGUUUAUUCCAAUGAAUGCACGACCGGUACAGUGUGAUAACUCGUUGGAGGAUCUAUGCUAAUUGAAAUAUUUAGUUUUUCUCUCUCAAAAUAAAAAAAAAACAAUAACGGAGGAAGUAGGUUCUCUAUGCUAGUGAUGGAAGGUACUAGUGCUUCCUCACUGGUCUUGACCACUAUAUACUAGUAGUCCCUGUAUCCUCCCUAUCUGAUGGGUUUGUUAUCUUACAUGAGAAAUCUGUCCAAUCAUAAUAACCGGGAGCUCAGUUGCAUUUAUGUUCAUGGAGUAGGCUACUGGUCAGACAAAAACGUAAACAAAUCGGUGCUAUCUGUUAAAGCAGCCAAAGCGCGUACAAGCUACUGUGGCAUGCGAAAUCUUACCUUUGUGCCUGCUAGCAAAGAUCGUAUAGUUACUUUAUAAACCGUCUCUGCUGCUAGCAAAUGCUGUGCAACAUGAGCAGUGUCCUUACAUGAGACUACCGUGCGAGUUCAACCCAGUUAUUGAGAAUGAACAGUAUGAAUCCCGUAGACAUUGCCUGUCACUGUCAGCCUACCUCCUGUAGCCUGAAGUCCAUACCGAAGUCGCUCUCCUGUGCCCCCCCCCCCCAUUCCCACGGAGACCAUUUUUUAAAAGUAUGUAUUUAUUAAUAUCAUUGUUGUUGUUGUUUUAAUGUAAACAUUUUUAUAUUAAUAUAUAUGUCCAUGUAGUUAAAGAGUACACACUGCUGUAAUUUCAUGUGUAGACUUUUUGCUACAAACAUUGUCUGUUUCUUUUGUUGACAACAAAUUGUUCUUCACCGAAAUGACA